UAAUACUCACAUGAUGGAUCUAAAAGUAUUCCUUAUUCUGUGUGUAGUUCCCUGUGUACUCUCACAAUGUGUAAUGAAGAAAGCUGAGCCCCAGUUAAGACGAGCAAUUUACGACUUUUCAAUCGAACUAUUGACAAGAAUAGCUCAAGAAAAGGAGAACCAUUUUGUAGCUUCAACGCUAUCGCCGUGGACGCUUUUAUCCUGUUUGUCUCUAGGAGCCGCUGACAACACGCUUGCUGAAUUAAAACAUGUACUCAAACUACAUUAUCACAAAUGUUUCAACAACUUAUACUUGGAGAUUGUCAGCAAGAUCAACUCCAAUUCAGACCCCCACGUCACAGUGGAGAGAAGUGCGGUAAUGUUUGCGGACGAAGAAUUGUCGAUUAACGAUGCCUUUAAAAACAGGAUAGCGAGCACCGGGAUUAGUGACAUUGAAGUUAUUUCGCUUGGGUACGCUGAUGCCGCAGCAGCUAUGAUAAACAAUUACGUAAGCCGGGCAACACACAACGCAGUUGAAGAUAUGGUAAACCCAAGCGAUUUGGAGGAUGUUUACCUAGUAAUGAUUGACGCUCUAUUCUUCAAAGGUACUUGGGAAACGCCAUUCGUAGCAGAGGAAACAGAAACAAGCCCGUUUUACAAUGAAAGGGGGGUUCAAAUUGGAGACGUUAAUUUAAUGUUCGUUAACGGCAUGUUCCAUGAGAAGUCAAUUGAUCAAAUCGAUGCCAAUGUUCUUGAGUUGCCGUACGGAAAUAGCGGAAGAUACUCUGCCCUGUUUUUCGUUCCCUACCCCGACGUUCCGGUGUACAACGUUAUUGAAAAACUUAAGCUGAUCACUUUAACGACAAUAUUCAAACAAUUCGAUGAGAAAGAAAGUGUGAUGGUGCAGAUACCACGAUUCAAGAUUGUGUCCGACUUGAAUAACAUGCGCGAAUUGUUAAGAGACAUGGGCUUAGAGUCGAUGUUUGUCAGUGAGCAAGCGCGCUUUCCUUAUUUAUCCGAUGAUAACCUAUCCGUUUCUGAAUUCUUCCAGAAAGCUAGUAUAGAAGUUACUGAAGAAGGCACUACAGCUAGUGCGGCUACUGCUGCAGAAUUAGUUUCGAGGAGUUUCCCCAUAAAGUAUACAGCGAACAAGCCAUUUUUGUUCAUGAUUGUGGACAAAGUAUACGAGGUGCCUUUGUUCGCUGGUGCCUACUCGAAACCUAGUGAAUACUAGAGCGUUUAUAUAUCCAGAACAGACCAAAUGUAUAUAAUAUCGUAUUAAAUACCUCUGUUCAACAGAUUUGUAAAGCCACUGUUUUAUAAUUUUAUAUUGUAAUAUU